AUGGUGAACAGUAUGGACCACGACAGGGUGAAAAGUAUACACCAGGACACGGUGAAUAGUAUGGACCAGGACAGGGUGAACAGUAUACACCAGGACCGCGUGAACAGUAUGUACCAGGACAGUGUGAACAAUAUGGACCAGGACAGGAUGAACAGUAUUGACCAGGACACGGUGAACAGUAUACACCAGGACAGGGGUGAAAAGUAUGGACCAGGACUGGGUGAACAGUAUACACCAGGACAGGGUGAACAGUAUGGACCAGGACAGGGUGAAAGGUAUGGACCACGACAGGGUGAACAGUAUGGACCAGAACAAAAUGAACAGUAUGGACCAGGACAGGGUGAACUUUAUGGACCAGGACAGGGUGAACAGUAUGGACCAGGACAAGGAGAGGGUGAACAGUAUGGACCAGUACAGGGUGAGAAGUAUGUACCAGGACAGGUGAACAGUAUGGACCAGAACAAAGUGAACAGUAUGGACCAGGACACGGUAAACAGUAUGGUCCAGGACAGGGUGAACAGUAUGGACCAGGACAGGGUGAACAGUACACACCAGGACAGGGUGAACACUAUGAGUCAGGACAUGGUGAACAGUAUGGACCAGGACAGGGUGAAAGGUAUGGACCAGGACAGGGUGAACAGUAUGGACAAGGACUGGGCGAACAGUAUACACCAGGACAGAGUGAACAGUAUGGAUCAGGACAUGGUGGACAGUAUGUACCAGGACAGUAUGAAGAGUAUGGACCAGGGCAGGGUGAACAGUAUGGACCAGGACAGGGUGAACAGUAUGGAGCAGGACAAGGUGAACAGUAUAGACCAGGACAGUGUGAACUGUAUGGACCAGGAUAGGGAGAACAGUAUGGACCAGGACAGGGUGAAAGGUAUGGACCACGACAGGGUGAACAGUAUGGACCAGAACAAAAUUAACAGUAUGGACCAGGACAGGGUGAACUGUAUGGACCAGGACAGGGUGAACAGUAUGGACCAGGACAAGGAGAACAGUAUGGACCAGGACAGGGUUAACUGUAUGGACCAGGAGAGGGUGAACAGUAUGGACCAGGACAGGGUGAGAAGUAUGUACCAGGACAGGAGAACAGUAUGGACCAGAACAAAGUGA